UGGGUUGGAAGGGACCCCCAGGGAUCAACCCACUGCCCUGGGCAGAAAGGGUACGUGACAACCACACCCACAUCAAUGCGGGUCAUCCUUGCUUCUACAUUUCCCACACACCACAAGGGAAGGCUGCAGCCCAAUGCGCUCCAAGGCCGAGCCGUUGGUUUAGCUGAGAAAGAUGGCUGAGGUUCCCACGUGCAACGCUUGAGGACAGCCCAGAGCCGCCUUCCUCCUCACUUCAGCCUCGCAGGGCUGCAAGGGCAGUGGGGAAUUCCCAGCAGACUUUUAUUGCAUUAGAAAAGAGCAAUCCGAACAAAGCCAAAAAGAACCGAGGAUGGGGUUUGCAGAUGGAGCCGGGAGGGGCCGGCACGGAUACCGGGAGGGGACCCCGCAAGGGAGACCUCCACAGCACACCACAUUUCCGUCCCCCGUUUUAACAGCAGAUUUGAAGCUCGGGAGCUUUAGAAACACACCCGGAAAGAAAACGAGUUGCUCCCCAGGUGCCCAACAGAAAGAAAGAGAAGCAAAGAACAGCCCGGGAUGGCGCUCCUGUCAGCGCGCGGCGGGGACAGCGCCGAACCAACGGGAGCGCCGCGUUAAGAAACAGAGGAGCGGCGUUUCCACGUUCAGAACGGAUUAUCUCGGCUCCCCCCCACACGGGUCACCUUUAAAAGCUUUUCCGAGCUCCCCCGACCCCCCCACCAGGCUGCACAAACGCGGCUCCCGCUCGUCUCCCACACGCAGCAGCACUCGCGGCCGGGGAACCGAAAGUCCGAGUAAAACCACGGCGAUCAAGGAAGCCGCGGGGCUUUCCAAGAGUUGUUCUCCUCGUGGAUCUCCGCAGGGGCUGCGGCUCAGUCCCGGCUGCACGGCCGCACACCGCCCCGUCCCGCCCCGUCCCGCGGCCGCUCUCCCCCCAGCGGGCCGCCCGCGCACCGCCGCGUGCAAACUUUGCGCUUCCUCCCCGCGGCGCUCCGCCAGCGGCGCCGGGAGCCGCAGCCCGCAGGAAGUCGGCCCGCACGGAGCCCCUCCAGCGCCGCGGCUCUCCCCGGAGCCGCUCUCCCCACCCCGGGACGGCGGCGGCCCCGCGCGCCCUUACCCGGAGUCGCGUUCGCCUGAGAGAGAGGCGCGCAGCGCGAGGCGGCCGCCGGCAACUUCCCCGCUCCGCCGCACGUGGGGCUGA